AUGAAGUACUCGUGGGUGUUGGCCUCUUUGGCCGUCCUCGCCGCUGCGAGCGAUGAUGAAUCUUGCCCCACGGGCGAGUGCCGCUGCAUGCCUUCUGACAGCUGCUGGCCCUCGGCUUCUUCCUGGGCUGCUCUCAACUCGACUGUUGGUGGUCGGUUGAUUGCCACCGUGCCUAUUGGAUCACCUUGCCAUGAUCCUACUUAUGAUGCCACCGCUUGUGCUGCUUUGCAAGAUGUUUGGAACCUGCCCCAGACUCACAUCUCAUCCUCUUCUUCCAUCAUGCAGACCUACUUUGCCAAUGACAGCUGUGACCCCUUCUCUCUCGAGGCCAAGCCUUGUCUCAUGGGCAACUAUGUUGACUACUCGGUCAAUGUCUCUUCUGCCAACGAUGUGAUUGCCGCCAUCAACUUUGCCAAGAAGAAUAACAUUCGCUUCGUUAUUCGCAACACCGGCCAUGAUUACUUUGCUCGUUCCACUGGUGCUGGUUCUCUUUCUGUCUGGAUGCACAACUUCAAUGACAUCCAGUACAAGGACUGGUCUGACUCUCACUACACUGGUCCUGCUUUCAAGGUUGGCGCCGGUAUUGUGGGCUACCAGAUCAUGGAGGCUGCUCAUGAAAAGGGACUUGUUGUCGUCGGCGGCGAAUGCCCCACCGUUGGUCUCGCUGGAGGUUAUAUCCAGGGUGGUGGUCACUCUGCUCUCAGUACUGCCUUUGGUCUCGGAGCCGACAAUGCUUUGGAAUUCCAGGUUGUGACCGCCGGUGGAAAGCUCCUCACCGCGAACCGCUUCACCAACUCUGACCUCUUCUGGGCUAUCAGCGGUGGUGGUGCCGGUAACUACGGUGUAGUCAUCUAUGCCACUAUUAAGGCUCACCCUGACGCUACCAUCGGUGGUGCUGGUCUCCAAUUCUUGUCCAGCGGUACCACUGCAGAUAACUUCUACGAGGCUGUUUCCCAGUUCCAUACUCUGUUGCCUGCUAUGAUUGACACUGGCGCCACUGUCAUCUAUGAGAUUGCCUCUUCUUUCUUCGCCCUCAACCCCGUCACCGCAUACAACAAGACCAGCGCUGACGUCGAGGCUCUCCUGACUCCUUUCCUCAAUGCCCUUGAUGAUCUCAACAUUACCUACGCUGUCGCCUACACCCAGUAUGACUCCUACUAUGACCACUACAACAAGUACAUGGGUCCCUUGCCCUACGGCAACCUUGGUGUCGGCGAGUACCAGUACGGCGGUCGUCUCAUCCCCCGUACCGCCCUCAACUCCAACCCAACCGGCAUCGCCGCUGCGAUCCGCAACAUCACCGAAAGCGGUGUCAUUGCCGUCGGUGUCGGUUUGGACGUCUCCAACCCCGGUGAUGUCUACAACGCCAUCUUCCCUGCGUUCCGUAACGCCGCCGUCACCAUGCAAAUCGGCACCGCCUGGAACGAGACUGCUCCCUGGGCCGAUAUGGUUGCCGAUCAGUACCGCAUUACCAACGAGUUUGUACCUCAGCUUGAGGCCGUUACUCCCGGUAGUGGAUGCUACCAGAACGAGGCCAACUUCCGUCAGCCAGACUGGCAGGAAACCUUCUUCGGUAGCAACUACGACGCCUUGUUGAAGGUUAAGCAGAAGUAUGAUCCUGACUACUUCUUCUAUGCUCUCAAGGCUGUCGGUAGUGACUAUUGGGAUGUUGACGAGACGGGACGCAUGUGCCCUGCUUAG